GAUAGCAAGGGUGUUUGUUUUUCUUUUAGCGUUGAUGUUGCUGAUUAGCUGCUAAGUGGUACAUGUGUCUGUGGUUUUUCUCUUUUCACAGCCAUUCGGUCAGGUGCCUGUCUUGGAGGAUGGUGAUUUCUGCCUCUGGGAGUCGCGCGCACUAAAUAUGUAUGCCGCAAGUACAAGCCCGAGCUUCUCGGGGUCGGCAACCAGGAGCUGGAGGGAUCAGCAAUGGUGGACGUGUGGAUGGAGGUGGAGGCUCACCAUUACAGCCCUAUAAUGGAUGCUAUCCUCAUGGAAAUCAGGAUCCGGCCGAUCUUUGGGCAAAGAGUAGACGAGAGCGCCGUGGAGGGCAACAUCGAGAAGCUAAAGAAGGUGCUGGAGGUGUACCAGUCGAGGCUGUCGAGCUCCAGGUACCUGGCUGGUGAUUUCAUCAGCCUCGCGGACCUCAACCAUGUGUCCACCAUGUUGUGCCUAGGGGUCACUACAUACAGGUCAGUUCUCGACGCGUACCCACGUGUGAGGGCAUGGUGGGAUGGCCUGAGGGCCAGGCCGGCGGUGAGGAAGGUGUCUGGUCUAAUGAAUCCGUCCGCGAAGAAUUUCUGAAAUGAUUUAGUUGACCGUAUUUUAGCAUCAUUUCUUUCAUGCGAGUCCUGAUGCCAAAGGGGGAGAAUGAAGUUCUAUUAGGUUGCUCGGGAUGUCUUAUGGGAGUUGGAAGUUCACAAGCAUCACUCUUUGAUUUCCAUCUUGUGAUUUGUGAUUACCUUUUCAAUAACUUGUUCGACCAUGUGUGGUGUUUGGCUUGCUACUCUACUUGUGAUUUUUAUGGUGCAUGGGACUGAUAUUCUUAGUUUUGUUGAUCAUGGAUCCAAAUUUUUCUUCUUC